AUGAAUGGGACAAUUCCAGAGAGUUUUGGCCAACUCUCAAAUCUAGUGAAUUUAGACCUUGAAGAUAAUUCCUGGGAAGGAGUUCUAGAUGAAACCCAUUUGAUGAAUCUUACAAGUCUAGAGAACAUCCAUCUGACAACAGAUUCAACAAGGUUAUUAGUGUUCAAUGUGUCUUAUGAUUGGAUUCCUCCUUUUACGCUUAAAUAUAUCCAACUAGUGAAUUGUAAAGUUGGCCCUUUCUUUCCCAAAUGGCUUGAAGUUCAAACUCAACUCAUUCAAAAAUUCAUUGAUUUGAGCUAUAAUGCAUUAGAGGGCCUAAUUCCACUUUGGACAACAAAUGCAACAGAGCUAUACCUUCAGAGCAACUCAUUUUCUGGGCCUAUACCUGAAAAUAUUGCUGUCCUAAUGUCAAGACUGCAAAAUUUGCAUCUCUCUGACAACCAUCUAAACGGUACUAUACCAUCAUCCAUAUGUAAAUUGGAAGAGUUGAGAGUUUUUGCUGUCAGGAGCAAUGGAUUUCGCGGAGAAUUGAUUGAUUGUUGGAGUAAUUUGCAAUCCUUGUUUAUUGUGGAAGCAUCAAAUAACCAUCUAUCAGGAAGCAUACCUAAAUCAUUAGGUUAUGCAAAAUCACUUACAAUGUUGUCAUUAAGCAAUAACAAUCUAGACGGUGAAAUUCCAUUUUCAUUGCAAAAUUGUUCAUUGCUGUCAAGCAUCAAUCUUGGAGGAAAUAGACUAUCAGGAAAUAUUCCUUCAUGGAUAGGACUAAAUUUAUCAAACAUUUUAGUCCUUCGCCUUCGGGCGAACUUGCUAGAUGGUCAAAUUCCAGAAGAAAUUUGCAAUCUUCCAUAUCUUCAUUUUUUAGAUAUUUCCAAAAACAAGUUGUCAGGUACCAUUCCAAGCUGUUUGAGCAAUCUGACUGCUUUAGUCUAUGGAAAUAGCACUCACAAUGAAUAUCAGAGUGCCCUGCGACGUCUGGCGUACUUUAAGGAACAAAUAUCAGUUAUAACAAAAGGAAGAGAAUAUGAAUUUAGCAGUAACAUUGCAUUACUGAAUGCUAUUGACUUGUCAGAGAAUAAUUUGAGAGGUAAAAUUCCUGAAGAAAUUGUUAAGAAUUAA